AUGGCCAAAAUCAACGGACCCAAUUGCAGGGGGGACAGGCGGAAGGAUGGCACUCACAUGCUGCAGGCCGUCAUGGCCGAGAUUGAUCGAGAGACCGAAGUGCUGCACAUCAAGGGAGACGUGCCAACUAACGACGAGUGGGAGGCAUUGGGGCAGCACUUCACCAAGCUCCGCUUCCUGAAGGUCGCCACCGGCUGGGACGAAGACUGGACCGAUGCCAAGUUUCCUCUCAACUGGCCGCUGGAGCUGCUGAUCAUUGCCGACGCCAUUGCUGAGCGCAUCACAACACCCGCCAUCAUGGAAGGCAGGAUCAACCAUCUUGUCCUCCUCUUUGCGUGUGGUCUCCGUUUUGAGGGCCCCCUUGUCGAGGAUCUGCUGAAAGACGCCGAGCCGACUUAUGUGGACUUCAGCUAUGACGCGAACAGCGCCGCGCCAACCCACACAAUGGAGAUUUACUCUAUCCCUGGUGAAUGGGCGAGGUGGCUCCAGGAUAACCACGGCGAGAGUACGAGUCUCUCCCGGGACCACGGCGACAGCCCGCCCUCGGCCAUGAAGACUCUCGAUAUCCUCGGCAACGACGCCUUCCAAAUGCUGGCUUACGUGGCCAGCGCCAAGUUCCACCUUCUCACCAGUCUCGAAAACCUCACCCUCUACUCAACCUCGGACGAUGAUUUACCGUUGACCAACCCGUCCACGUUCCUGACCUUACUUCCCAGCCUAACGCUGCUGAAGCAGUUGAAAAUCACACUCGGCAGCCCCCUAUACGCCAGGAUCCUUCAGUCAACCAGAGGCGAGCCGUUCCUAGGCGCCGUCAUACCGGCAAACAUCGAGACCCUGCGACUCCGCGGGCCCGUGUCCGCGACCGCGCAUCUCGACGAGUUUGCGGCCGCCUUUGGCCAUGCCAACUUCCUUCCGAACCUAAAGCGCAUCAGUCUCCUGUUCGAUCUGCCCGAUGAGAGCUCCGAGCACCGGAAAGAACCAUCCCUUGAGCAGCUGCGCGCCGCACAUAAGGCCUGCAGGAAGGUGCUGGAUGCUGCAACCGCGAGGGGCGUCGUGGUGGAGACGUUCGAGGAACCCUGGGUGGAAUGUUAUGCCCGCUUGUUCAGGGAGGUGGAUAACCGGUGGUAUGUGCAGGACUCGAUCGCCAAGUUGUGGCCAGAGAGGUACUAA